AUGCAAAUUAAUCCAUUGGAAAAGUCAUCCUUUGUGCAGACCAGAAUAUUCCCAAGAACAUCAACAGUUUUAAGUCUAGAAAAAAAUGAAGAUUUCUUAGAUGCCCAUAAUGAAGGCUUUUUAAUUUUAUCUUAUUGUUUUGCCAUAUCCCUCUUUAUGUAUAUUGUACUUAAAAAUUUUUAUUAUUUGCACAUUUUUAAGAGGACACGAAUGAAAAUCAUCGAAUCUAUUAAUAAUGAUAACAAUAUAGAAAAUGAAAUAGAAGAAAUUAAAAAAGUAAAAAAUUUAAUUACAGAACAAGUAAUACUUGAAUUAAGAGCAAAAAGUAUUAUUUCAAAAGGAGGAACAAGAAAACAUUUAGAAAACGAUUUAUCACAUAAUGCCAUAAAAGAAGAUAUCAACUUAAAAGAAAAUGAAAUAGAAAUGUCGCACGUACAAUCCCUAGAACAUUUAAUUCAACAUAAUUUAUUAACAGAAAUUCUUGACACAAAAGAAAAAAAUGCUGAAUUUUUUAUAAAAUUCUUACAACAACUUAUGAUAAUAGAAACAAAUAAAAAACAAUAUUCUAACAAUAUAUUAUUAAAAGAUCUAAUAGAUUAUAUAAUAAAUAUAGGCAAAAAACAAAUACAAAAAUCAAAUACACAAUUGUCUCAAAAUUAUUCACAAAAUUAUAUAUCUUCAAGUGAAAAUGAUAUAUAUAUAUUUCAAAUUCAAGUUAUAAAAGAAUUAAUAAAAAAUAAUAUUAUCAAAACACAUACAAAUGAUGGAAAACAAUUAGACCAUGAUAUAAUAACAAAAAUAUUAGAAGAAAGUUUAAUAUCACAAGCAAAUGUAGUCAAUUAUUUUUAUAUAGAAAUGAUAAAAAAAAUAUUAGGAAAAGAUUAUAAUGAACUAAAAAAUUUAAGUUAUACUCAUGAUGAUAUGUUUGUACAAAAAUAUGAAAAAGAAUUAAUCAAAAAAAAAUUAACACAAUUUGCAGAUAAAAAUAUUAAGACAACAGAAAAUAAUAAAUAUUUACAAGAUAAAACAGUUAAUAAACAUAUAGAUAAAAACCAAAUUGAUAAAAAUGAAAAUACAACAAAUUUAAUAGAAAAAGAACAGGAUUUUGAAAAAACUAAUAAAUUGGAUCACAAUGAAGUGAUAAAAAAUAAUAUAUCCUUACACAAUGAAAACAAUGAAAUCAAUGAAACCAAUCAAACCAAUGAAAGCAGUGAAACCAUGAAAAAUAUAGUACAAUAUAAUGAUCACUUAGAAAAUCCUGAAGAAGAAGAAAAAAAAAAUGAAGAAAUAGAAACCCAGAAUCAACAUAAAAAAGAAGAAAACAAUUCUAAUGAUAAUAAAAAUGUAAAGAAACAUUCAAAGAAAUCAACUAAAAAUUUUAAAAGAAAACGUAUACAAAAAGAGGAUAUAAGGCAUCUCUAUCAAAUUGACAAAUUGCAAGAUAAAAUUUUAAAAAAUUUAAUGGGGCAAGAUUAUACUGAAUCAGAUAUUAACAAUAAUGAUAAAGAACAAUUAGAAAAUCAAACAAGUGAUAUACAAAAUGAAAAAUUAAAUAUAUCAAACGAACAAGAGGAAACAAGAAAAACAAACAAUGAAGAAAAACAAAACGAAGUAAUUAUAGACCAAGAUAAUACGCACUUAAAUAUAUAUGGUAUAAAUAAUCAGAGCAUACAAAAUCAUAAUGAUAAAAAUAUUAAAGAAAAAUUAGAAGAAGAAAAUAUUUUAACAAAUAAUAUUGUAAAACCAGAAGGAAGUAUGUCGUCGGAAGCUAGUAAUUCAUCGUAUGAAUCUACAAAUCCCGAGGGAAGUAUGACUGCAGAAGGUAGCUAUUCAUCGUAUGAAUCUACAAAUCCCGAGGGAAGUAUGACUGCAGAAGGUAGCUAUUCAUCGUAUGAAUCUACAAAUCCCGAGGGAAGUAUGACUGCAGAAGGUAGCUAUUCAUCAUAUGAAUCUAUCAAAGACGAAGAAAAUAUGACAUCACAAAAUAAUUAUUCAUCAUAUGGAAGUAAUAGCAGUGAAGAAUAUAAAAACAAUAUGGAUAAAAUUAAAAUGUAUGAUGAAAUAAUAAAAAAUGGAUUAAUAGAUAGAGUAACUAAACCUAGAAAUUUUAAAAAGGAAACUGAAAAUAAGACGCAUUAUAAUAUUUUUAAAAAUAAAGAAAAUAAAUCAUAUGUAACAAAUUGGAAUAAUGAAAAAUUCGAUAUAAAGGAACUUGAAAAUAAAUCAGAACAAGAAUUAGAACAAUGGAAAAAUAAACAAUGGGAUGAUUGGAAGGUUUAUAUGGAAAAACAAUGGAAAGUAUGGCUAGAAUUAAGUGAAAAUGAUAAAAUCGAAUGGUUAGAAGAAAAAGAAAGGGAAUUCAGAAGUUUUAUAAAAGAUAUUUAUAAUAUAUGGUUUAAGUGGUUAGAAAAAAUGAAAAAUGAACGUAGUGGUGAACAAAAACCAUGGAUGACAUGGAAUGAACAACAAUGGCAAACAUUUUUUGACACAAGAUAUAAAAAGCAAUUUUUAGAUGAAUGGAAUGAUAUGUUAAAAUAUAUGGAUAAAAUUUUAAGUACAAGAAAGUUUACAUUAUGGAAUAAAUGGAAAGGAAAAAAACUCACACAAUGGUUAAUGCAAGAAUGGAAACUUCAGGAAGAUGAUAUAUGGGAAGAAUGGGAAGAAAAAGGUUGGGUAAAACAUCUUAAUAGGAAAAAAAAGAAUGAAUGGAAAAAAUGGAGAAAUAGAAAUAUAAAAGAAAAUAUGGAAUGGAAAGAAUGGAUACAUAAUAAAGGUCAAAGUGCUAAUGUUUCAGAUUUUACCUAUUGGGAAGAAUGGAAAGAAAAUAGAACUAACGAAUUAAAGGAAUGGCUAGAUGCACUGAUAAAAAAAUGGAUGCUUGAAGGAAAAUGGAAGGAAUUAGUAAUAAACCAAGACCAAUGA